AUGCAUUACCAGGAUUUAAUCGAUCUAGAAGAUCCAUUAAUCCCUCCUGUGGAUGAAGCCAGUGAUGCCGUAUAUCGAGCCAGUAAACUAGAUUUUAUAACAUCUACCAACAAACAACAACCAGAAGAAGAAUUGUCACAGGAAAUAGAAGAAAAUCAUGAUGAAAGCGAUAAACCCAAAACAACAAAUUGGUCUCUUUUAAGAGUUAUAGCUAGUGCACAUACUGGGUGGGUACGAUCACUCACUGUUGAUCCUGUUACCAAUAAAUGGUUUGUGACUGGAGGUUCGGAUUCCUUGAUCAAAGUGUGGGAUUUGGCAGACUCAUCAUUAAAAGCUACAAUAACAGGUCAUAUAAUGGCAGUACGAACCACUACAGUUUCAUCAAGAUUCCCAUAUUUAUUUUCAGGUUCAGAAGAUCGUACCGUAAGGUGUUUUGAUUUGGAAAGGUCUAAUUCCCCUCAAGGAUGUGAAAUUAGGAAAUAUCAUGGUCAUGUUGGAUCUAUAUUUACCAUGUCCCUUCAUCCAGAAUUAGAUAUUUUAGUCACUGGUGGGAGUGAUGCUGCAGCCAGAGUUUGGGAUAUACGAUCAAGAGUGGAGGUAAUGACAUUAGUUGGCCACAAGAAUGAUAUAACGUCUAUAAUAACUUCAGAGACUGAACCUCAAAUUAUCACCAGUUCAAUGGAUAACACUAUUAGAUUAUGGGACAUCAGAAAACAAUCAACUGCUUUAACUAUCACACAACAUUCUAAGAGUAUAAGAGCAAUGAUAGAACAUCCUAAAGAAUCAACAUUCACAUCCAGUGAUUCUUCAGGUUACAUCAAACAAUGGUUAACUACAGGUGAUCUUUUGAACGAGUUCAAAUCUCCAGGUAUCAUUAAUACUUUAGCUAUUAAUCACACUAACGAUAAUUUGUUCAGUGGUCAUCACGACGGGAAAUUCGAAAUCUUUGAUUAUAAAUCCGGUCGAUCAUUACAACAAUCACAAACCAUUCCAUCUCCAGGAUCCGAUCAACUGUCGAUAUAUUGUUCAUCGUUCGAUUUACUGGGAUUACGUCUUUUCACAGGUGAAAGCGAUCAUUCUAUUAAAAUCUGGGGUCAAUUGUAA